CGGCUUUGCGGAGCUGUGCCAUUUGAAUUGCAGCACAGCCAUCCACGCACUGCGCUCUCCAUUCCUGGCGCGUCUCCCGGCGCAGAGUUUAGCUGAGGCUCGGGUUUAGUGUUCCCUCCUCUCUCCCUGCAGUGACAGCUUCUCCGGGCUCCGCUGCCACGACUCCCGAGCAACCAUGGAGGAUACUACUUUGCAAAUUAUCGAACCGCCGACUGCCUCUGAGGCCUCUGAGGAGCAAGUGCCUGAAGAACCCAUCAAAUCGGACCAGAUCAACGGCGUGAUGGUGCUGACCCUUCUGGACAAGAUCAUUGGAGCGGUGGAUCAGAUCCAGCUGACCCAAACGCAGCUGGAGGAGAGACAGCAAGAGAUGGAUAGCGCAGUGACCAGCAUCCAGGGAGAAUUAACCAAGCUGACAAAGGCGCACACCACCACCAGCAACACCGUCAACAAGAUGCUGGAAAAAGUGCGCAAGGUGAGCGUCAACGUGAAAACCGUGCGGCAGAACCUGGAGAAGCAAGCUGGGCAGAUAAAGAAGCUGGAGGCCAACGAAGCGGAGCUCCUGAAACGCAGAAACUUCAAAGUCAUGAUCUACCAGGAUGAAGUGAAGCUCCCGUCUAAACUGAGCAUCAGCAAGUCUCUGAAGGAGGGCGAAAAGCUGGAGAAGGAAGGCGAGGGCGAGGAGGUGCCUGCGGGCGAGGACCACGCCGAGGAGGACCACGUGCAGCUCUCCUCGGAUGAGGAGGUGGAGAUUGAAGAGAUCAUUGAAGAGUCACGGGCAGAGCGCAUCAAAAGGAGCGGCAUGAAAAGAGUGGAUGACUUCAAGAAGGCGUUCUCAAAGGAGAAGAUGGAGAAGACUAAGCUCAAGACCAAGGAAAACCUGGAGAAGACCCGCCACAACUUAGAGAAGACCCGCCACAACCUGGAGAAGAGGAUGAACAAACUGGGCACCAAGAUCGUGACUAACGAAAGGAGAGAGAAGAUGAAGACAUCUCGGGACAAGCUGAGGAAGUCCUUCACCCCUGACCACACCAUCUAUGCCAGAUCCAAGACAGCCGUCUACAAAGUGCCGCCCUUCACCUUCCACGUCAAGAAAAUAAGAGAGGGUGAGGUGGAAGUGAAAGCCACGGAGCUGGUGGAGGUCGGCGGAGAGGAGGGAGAAAACUCGGAUCUGCUGCGCGGGGAGAGCCCCGAGAUGCACACGCUGCUGGAGAUCACGGAGGAGUCCGACGCGGUACUGGUGGACAAGAGCGACAGCGAGUAGGGCGGGCUGCGGCGCGGAAUGGUUGUGGACGACGGCUGAACACGCAAUCACUCACGUUUCGAGAUCUCUCUCUGCCCUGGUGCCCCAGGGGAAGUGUACACAACGCAUCUUUACUGCCCUGCAGAGCCGACGCCGAUCCCCUGCCCGCUAGGACAAGGUGUAUUUUCUAUUUUAGCUUUAGCACACAGGAGCGUUAGGAACAUGGGACUGUUUUUCUUACACUGUUAAAUCACCCUUGGAGACCAUUCCUGCCGCAGGCCGAGA